AUGGAGGACUCUGACAGCAGAGAGGAAGAUGUAGGCUCUGACAGCAGAGAGGAAGAUGUAGGGAACGAAUAUGUAGAACCAGGUGUACAAGAAAAACCAAUCAAAGCAGAUCAUGGAAAUUACAAACUUGAAAUGUUGGUGGGCAUUCAUUCCCCGACAAAGGUAAAAAAGAGUUGGCAUUUUGAAGCCUAUGGGGAACGAAUGAAAGAGUUUGUCAAUUUCUCAGCCACUGGGAAAAAGAUGAAGACCGAUAUGAAACUUUUGUCGAACAGCUGGUUUAUAGAUGAUGAAAUCAAUAAACAAGAGGAAGAUGAAGCCUCUGGUGACUCAACUUUGACUUCUCAACCCUUAAUUAGCGCCCUGGGAGAAGAAGCUGUGGCAAUCGCGCAGCAGCGUGGUGCAGAGAAACAAAAGAAAAAACAAGAAGAGAAUGAUCGGAAAGAGGCCACCCGAAUUAAACGAAUGAGCCAGCUGCCACACACCAACAGAAAAAUUCAAAAGAAGGUGGGAUCCAGAUCAGGAUCUUUUAAUGUAGCUUCCAAAACUGUGCCUGCUGCUUCCUCAUCAUUUACCAGCACCUCAAACUUUAAAGUUUCAGAUCAUCGCCAAAAUACAGAAGAUUUCGACACAAUUUUAAAGGUGGAGGAGUUAACCUUUGAAGAAACUCAUCUUUUGGAUUUCAUGGGCGAUCUAUCAGCACCGUCUCCUAGCACACUGGGCCAGCAGAGUACAUUCCCUCCGGCAGUCGCUAAAAAACCACACCAGACUUAUAAAGUCAAAUAUGUCGCUCCAAGUUUCGGUUCCCGUAAAUCCAAGGUAUCCAAAGCCAAGGAGUACCCUGCUGCUGCUCCUGCAUUCCAGACCACUCCUACUGAAGUUAUGGAUAUGUCUGCCGAAAAGCCAACUGAAAAAAGUUCUCCGCCCUCAUGCGGUGGCGGGAACAACGUUCUUGAAAGCACUUCUGCUUCCGGUCCGCCGCCUCAUUCUAUUAGACUGGAACAGCUUCCGGUUGAGUCAACUAAUCUAACUCGGGCCGAUGAUGAGACAUCCGUAUCUCCUUCCAAAACCGCUGCCCUCACGCCUGUGGACACCUUACAGAUUUAUGGAGACAAAAAUGUCGCUACAGAUGAAGCUUCUGGUGCACCCAAGGAUUCCCAUGCCGAGAAGAACCCUGCUGCUACGACUGCCGAAAGGGCAAAUAUUGUUGAAAAAAGUCUUCCUUCUAUCGGCGUUGAGAACUAUGGUCUUCAGAAAACUUCUGUGUCGGAUGCGACGGAUGAGUUUCCACCAACUCCUCCUCCGAGUAGACAGGAGCAGCUUUCACUCAUCGAAUUAACUACUCUUACUCCGGUGGACGCUAAGGAAAGAGUUACUCCCUCCGCGAACGCUGGGCAAAAACCUAGAAUGGGCACCUCAAAGAAUUCUAGAGGCAAAAAUGUAGCUCCAGCUGCCGUUUCUAGACGUAGCUCGAAAACUCCUGCUGUCAAACCCAAAACCUCAGCAAAACCUGCAGCUUCAAUCUCAGCCUUGCCCGCCAUGCCCGCCAAACAAAAGCGAUCGUUAAAAAAAAGGACAGAAGAAGAGUACGACAUGGGGUUUUGUGACAUUUCCCUUUGUUCUAAGCCGAAUCAAGAUUGGAUUGGUUGCGACAACUGCAAUAGAUGGUUUCAUUUCAGGUGUGCCAAAAUAAAGAAGAGUGAUUACAAAAAAGAGGAUCCCUACGUAUGCCCUCUUUGCAAAUACUAGACAGCAAGAAGAAAGUUUUACAACGAUGGUGAUUGGUGAAAGAGGAAAACCGAAACACAGAAAAACCAAAAAUCAUUAAUCAGUUAAUUCUCGCUUUGUUCACCUCUCACUUCCCGGAUCUCGUAUCUCCGAUUUGUUUUUGUGUUUUCAAGCAUUUGUUGUGUUGAUAAACCCCGUUUGAUCUGUUAAAAUAAAAAUGAACCAGAAGGAUUGAAAUUUA